AUGGGACCUCGGGAGUCGAGGCCUUUUAGCCCAGCGCACAUGCAGAUCUGCAAUGAUCUUCCUGACUCACUUCGCCUGGAAGAUGCAAACGACGAAUCCGAGGCGGCCUGGAGUGAGCAGGAGCCGGACGAGGACAGACAUCAUGGAGGCUUACCGCCUGUUUCGUCAUCUGGCUUCGAUCAGGCUCACACAGAUCAGUUGAACAACCAGCCGAGGGAGCCUGGCACUCUGCGCCCCCUGCCUCCCCGGAGGCUUCCGAAGCACAUUCAUCGCACCCGCCCGGCCUACCUGUUGGGUCAAGCGCUCAAGACGAUGUGCAAUGCCCCCGAGAAGGAGGAGACGGCCAUGGCUGUAAAGAUCGUCCCGGCUGACGGCAAGGAGAAGCCCAGCGACAAAGCCAAGGAGGCUGAGAAGGAGAUCUUGCGCAUUCAGCUUCAGGAGGAGUUCGUCCCGGUGCCAGGCAGCAUCUAUCAACGCUCCAUUGUUCCAGGCCCAGGCUACUACGGCUCGCCAAAGGUUCCCGGGCACGUGACACAGGAGGCAGCGACUUUUGGCCGGAAGGGAAUGAGUACUUUUGAUCAGAUCAAGGACUUCGCUGCAAAGUUGCCGGGUCCUGGGCAGUACGAGGAGAAGGCUUCGACGACCGAUGAGGUGUCCAGGCGCAAGCCGACGCCAAGGACCGGCUGCUUCGGCAAGUCGCCCAAGCUGGUGAGCCGGGAGGAGGCCUUCAAGAAGCUUCCCUUCAUCUCCAAGCUCGCCUCGGCCUGUGAGGGCUUUGGGCUGCACAGCUCGGAGACCUUCCACUGCGUGAACCCGGAGGAUGUGCCGGUUGGAGUGCAUGCGCUGCACUUAGGUGCCACACGAGAGCUCGCCCAAGCUACGGGUGUCUUCUUAGGCUGUCCACUGAAUGUGGACGGUUCUUGUUUCACCGAGCGCCGUGACGAUGUCAAGAUGGCUGGAGCGCUUGAGAAAGGCCCGAAGUACCCUCCUGGCUUGGCGGGAGAUCAUCCGACGGGAUGCAACUCAGCACAGAGGGCCGCUGCGGCCCCUGGGGAAAGAAGGUGUGCUUGCCCUCCGCACCUUCCUGUGCUGGGCUUCGGGGGUCUCGCACCUGCGGGAGGGUCGCCAAGCUGCACAAGCAUGUGCAGUGAUGGCCGACAGAUUAGGCAAGCGACGCCUCGCCUGCUCCGGGACCGCUUCGGCCUCAGCGUGCAGAGCUUCCGGAGAGGCUUGUAUAGGUUGGACUCGGUUCCUCUUUUCGCGGCUGGCAGUCUGAGACCUUUGGAAGAUAUGCAGUGUUGGAGAUGCGCCGCGCCCAUGCAUCCGAGGAUCUCAAACCAAUUUAUGCAGGCGGUGUCAGCGCCUGCGCUUGAGCUUUUCGGCACAGGAGCUCGCCUUCCAGAGGCUGGUCCUAGGCCAGGCAAACGAGCACCAGGAGACGAGUCGGAUGAGUGCAGAGAGCUUUUCCCGCCUUCACGCCACUUCGUGCCACGUCGCGCUGCGCAGCUUGAGCCAAAUCGCCCCAAGCAAAGAUGUUCUUUGACCUGGAACGCAGAGCACAACCUGCCCCGCCCCAGCCUCGACUUUCUCAGCCCUUUCGCAGCUUUCCCCGACCGUUCCCCCGAUUUCCGUCGGCCCAUGGCCUCGGGUGGCGCCUUGGGCUACCUCGGCCGGUGUCGAGGCCGCGUGGACAGCGGGCCGCCGAGCUGUUGCGUCGAAGUCUUCGAGAAGCUGAACCGGCUGGGCCAGGGAAGCUACGGCACAGUCUAUCGUGCCAGAGAUACGGAGAACGGCGAGAUCGUGGCCCUAAAGAAGGUCAUCAUCCAUGCCGAAAAGGAGGGCUUCCCGAAGAGCUCCCUCCGUGAGAUCCGGCUGCUGAAACGGCUGCGGCACCCGAACAUCGUGGAGCUGCGUGAGGUCGCAUGUGGAAGGCAGCCGGGAAGCGUCUUUCUCGUCUUCGAGUACUGCGAGCAUGAUGUUGGCGCACUGCUCGAUCUUAUGGAGCGGCCUUUCAGCGAGGCGGAGGUGAAAUGCCUCACGCUCCAACUGCUCAAGGCGGUGGAAUGCUUACACGCAGCUUUUGUGAUCCACCGCGACAUCAAGCUUUCAAACCUUCUCUUGAACAACCGGGGCGUCCUGAAACUGGCGGACUUCGGCUUAGCGAGGGAGUUCACGGAUGUGCAGAAGCCGGUGACGUUGAAUGUGGUGACGCUUUGGUACCGGGCGCCAGAGCUGCUUCUGGGUGCCCAGAGCUACACCAUGGCAGUGGACAUGUGGUCUGUGGGCUGCAACUUUGGGGAGCUCCUUCUCAAGCGGCCGCUGCUGCCAGGAAAGUUUGAGGAGCACCAGCUGCAGCUGACUUGUGCUCUACUCGGGACUCCUUCGCCGCGGAUCUGGCCUGGGCUUGAGCGGCUGCAGCACUAUGGGACCUUCAAGCUCCCGGAGAACACUUACAACAACUUGGGCGACAAGUUUCCUGACAUGCCGGACAGCUGUCUGGACUUGCUGAACCGCGCCCUCACCUUCGACCCGGCGAAGCGUGUGACGGCAGCUGUUGCUUUGCAACACCGCUGGUUCCAAGAGGCGCCGGCACCGCAGGAGCCCCACAACAUGCCCACCUGGAAAGAGCACCGCAAUGAGACAGCGAACCCGCGUGCGAACCCGGUGCCUCUUGGCGUGGGCCCAGGCAAGCGUCCCGUGCCACUCGUGGCGCGGUCUGCGGUUUUCGCAGCGGCGAAGAAGAUGAAGUCCUGCGUCUUCUGA